ACACAUAUUCCUGCUAUGGUAGUAGGAAAUGAAGCUGUUAGUUAUCGAAACAGAAAAGGAAUCUUAUCUCAUAAUGUUUUAGCUGCAUGCAAUUUCGAUUUGCAAUUCAUAUAUGUCCUUACUGGUUGGGAAGGUUCAGCUCAUGAUGCAAAAGUUUUAAGUGAUGCUUUAACGAGAAGUAACAAUAAAUUUGAAGUCCCCGAAGGAAAAUUUUAUCUGGCUGACUGUGGAUAUGCCAACCGGAAAAAAUUCCUAACUCCAUUUCGAAGUACCCGAUAUCAUCUCAAGGAAUUUACGGGAGGAGAUAGUGAUCCCAGAAAUAAAGAAGAAAUGUUCAACCACCGCCAUGCUUGUUUAAGAAACGUCAUCGAAAGGAUCUUUGGUAUUUUCAAAUCAAGAUUUCUGAUAUUUAAAUCUGCACCUUCUUUUCCAUAUAAGACACAAGCAGAAUUAGUACUUGCAUGUGCUGCAUUGCAUAACUAUCUCCGCCAGAAUUGACGUUCAUAUGAAUUUCCUCCGGAA